CCGAAAAAGCCCCUGCCCUUUCUUAUAGCCCAAGCCAUCCCUUCUUCCCGGAGCCGGAGACUCCUCCAUCCUAAACUUUCCCCAAUCCAAAUCCCCCAUCCAAUCUCUUCUCCUCCUUCUCCUCCGGAACCCUAGCAGGCCGAGGUACAUGACCCUUCCCUCCUCCUCGUCCCCCUCCGCCCCGGCGGCAGCGGCGGCGGCGGCGGCGGCCGAGCCGGACGACCCCACCUCGCUCGCCCCGGGCUUCCGCUUCCACCCCACCGACGAGGAGCUCGUCUCCUACUACCUCAAGCGCAAGGUGCUGGGCCGCCCGCUCAAGGUGGACGCCAUCGCCGAGGUCGACCUCUACAAGCUCGAGCCAUGGGACCUCCCCGCCAGGUCGCGCCUCCGCAGCCGCGACUCCCAGUGGUACUUCUUCAGCCGCCUCGACCGCAAGCACGCCAACCGCGCCCGCACCAACCGCGCCACCGCCGGCGGGUACUGGAAGACCACGGGAAAGGACAGGGAGGUCCGCCAUGGCCCCAUGGUUGCUGGGAUGAAGAAGACACUCGUCUUCCACUCCGGCCGCGCCCCCAAGGGCGAGCGCACCAAUUGGGUCAUGCACGAGUAUCGCCUUGAGGGCGACGGCGCCGCCGGGAUCCCGCAGGAUUCAUUUGUGGUAUGCCGGAUCUUCCAGAAAGCUGGCCCUGGUCCACAGAAUGGAGCACAGUACGGAGCUCCCUUCGUUGAGGAGGAGUGGGAUGCCGAUGAUGUUGGUCUGCUGCCACUGGAAGGAGAUGCGGACGUCGAUGCUGAGCGUGAGGCUCCUGGUGCUAUGGAGAAAGGAUAUCUUCAGAUGAGUGACCUCAUUCAGGACUGCGGCGGUCAAAAUGAGAAUGGUGGUGUUGCUUUGCCAGUUUCUGACAGUUCAAAUAAUAGCAACCAUUCUGAAGUUGCAGAAGGAAAUUCAGGGGACAUUUUGAAUGACCCAAAUCUUGGUUCUAAUUUUCUUCAGCAUGUUGAUCCUGGAGAACAAAAUAGCCUAAUGCUGAAUGGAAAUAUGUUAUCUAAUGCCAAUGGUGGAGAUCUUUUAAAUAGUUCUAGCCCCAGUAAUGCGUUCAUGGAGCUGAAGGAUUUAGGGUAUCCGUUAGGCAAUGAUUCUGGUGGUUCAGACUGGAGAACACCUCACAGCUUCGAGCAUGUAAAUGGGGCUAACAAUGAGGCUCCUCCCAUCACUGGUGAACAUAUUUUCCAGCCAGACGAGUUGGAACAGUUGUUGCAGUCACUGCAAGAUGACUCCCCUUUGGGCUCAACUAUCACUGAUGUCCCACAGUCUUCUCUAACAAAUUCAGUUCAGCCAGAGGAUGAUUUUCUGAUGUUCCAUGAUGCACCCUUUGAUUCCACAAUGUUCAAUGAUGGUUUUGGGCAGUCUGCUGGAUUUCUUGGUUCCCCAGUAACGAAUCUAUCUGGUAUUGGCAUGGUGGAUGAUGGUAUGCCAUACUACGAUGCAAUUGAUGAUAACUUAUUUAAUGAUAUGAUGUGCUCUGGACAGCAGUCAGCUGGUAGUGGCUCCCAUCUUUUUAAUGGGCCAGUCCUUAGCCAAGAGGUCAACAAUACCACCUAUACAUAUAGUCCAACUCAAAAGGUUUUAGAACCUAAUUUUGUAGUUGGUGCCCCGUCAUCUGCUAGGUUACCUGAAGCUGGUAGUCAGUUAAAUUGUAAUUUACCAGAUGCCCCUGCUAGGAGAGGCGCUAUUGUAAACCAUUUUGUAAAGGUGUUGGAUUCCAUCACCGGCCCCAAUGCUUUUGCAUCAGAGUUCCCGCCCAACCUUCGCAAAUCCCUGGCUCCUAUUUCUGGAGCACACCCUAACACCAUCAGUGUGUCUACUGAAGUAAUCAGCAUGGAAAAGGGAAGCCUAACCGUCGCUUCUCGACAAGACAAGUGGUCCUUCCAGAAGGGCGAAGACAUGGAGCUGCUGUUCUCCACAGGCUCUGAGCCUGGAACCCGCAUGCACUGCGGCGGCUGCAACACCAUAACUGCGGUGCUGAGGAGUGGCUUUUGUCUUUUCUUCUUGUCGGCAAUAAUGCUCCUAGUGAGCUGCGAGGUGGGGUUGUGCAUCUACGGCAAGUAGCGUGCCGGCCUUACCUGGUAUUUGGUAUAAAUAUCAUGACAUUAGGUAAUAGUAUGUGUAUUGAGGCAGAGAACUGGGGACCUCCUGCUGCUGGCCUAAAUGUAUUGUGCAUUGCAUGACAUGAACGUUCUGCAACACUGGCAGUACCGUUUUGCAGCUCCAGAGCUAGUGUUGUAUGUAUGAAUUCCUCCAGUGCUAUUAGUAUUAGUAGUAAUUAGUACGCGUGAAUUGCUUAAUAAUCAGUAAUGCUGCCAUUAUUAUCGGUUCAUGUUCCUGGUUCCAAUGGCCAGUUUUUAGCUGUAAAUAUAUUAUCCUCACAAGUUUGCAACAUGAUUGUCGCAGAAUUUAAA